AUGUGGAAAACCAUCAUUAUUGUCCGUGUUGCUCACGGCAUUGUGAUCCUAGCGUCGUGGCUUCUGCACUGGUUCUUCAUACUGGAAAGGCUUUCCCUGCGGCCCCUACGUCGCUCGUUCUUGGAAUUUAAAAGUCACUAUGGCCCGCUUCGUGCCAUACUCCUGGUUCUUAUUUUCCCAGACGUUCGCAAUGAGCUUGAUCGUAUUCAGCGAGACAUACUCGAUCCGCCUGUCGAUGACUCCAUAGCUGCAGAGAAGGCAAUGAAGCUGAAGGAAUCUAUAUCUGAACGCUGUACUACGCUUUGUAGUCCCGCAUUUGAUGUGGUACAAUUGUCCCUGUUGGCAUUGUCGCUUCCUAACCUCCUCCCCGUAUCUUGGGUGUCCCUGAUAGCCCUCGUCUUCAGCAUGACGACUAGCACAGUGUCUGUCAUACUCGCAUUUACUUUGCGACAGCAUAUGGACAACCUCUUGGAACCUCAUGAUGUGAAGAAGUGGUUUGGCAGACCCGCCGACAAACAAGGAAUCCCCGCGGACGUUGACAGGCAGGUCUGCGAAGACUCGCCUCGUGGUCUCAAGCAUAAACAAGCUGGUGAAGCGACUUACGACAUGAACUGCCCAGACCGCGUGGUGAGGGUGAGGGCACCGAUGGAAAGCAUGCGUUGGAAGAAUGUAUCGUUCCAUGCGGUCCUUAUGAUGAAAAUCCCGGCCAUGUUAUCGGUUUGGUCCUCGGGAGCUUUUAUACUUGGGGUUGGAGUAUACACAAUGGCCCAUUGGGCUUUGAAUCUGGAAACUCCCAACUUUGACAGAGCAGAUUCUUCUCAAGACGGAUGCAGCUCUCUGGUCAUUCUCGUCGCGUAUAAUGUUGCCAUGGUUCUUGGUCUGCUGCUGGUCUUGGUGCCAAGCGUUCUAAAGUAUGUCCAGGAUGCACCCCUCCGACAACUCGACGAGGCCACGAACCCAAAGAAAGGUCAGUCUAAGCUAGACUUUGAAAGCCGCUUCGGGGACUUUGAAGAAUACUUUAAAGACCCUAGAGAGAUUUUUAAAGACAUUAAAGAAUGUUGUAGAAACUUUCGAGACACCUUUCGCUACUUUGACGAACUUUAUGCAGAGUUUGAAGAUAUCUUCUGGGAGUUGACAGGGGAGCCGGGAAGUUCUGGAACACAGGCGGGCGAGCACUCCGAUAUUCUUCUAAAUGAUUCGGCAAUGAUUUCCGGAAACACACUUACCCAUGAGAAUACACAAACGCAACAAUCUUGCCAAGAGGAGAGUAGACAGAGGAACAACAUUGCGAAGGAAGCCACGCAAUCGGAUGUCGGGGAGGGCGGCAAACCUGGCACUGGCUAUUCUUCUCCUGAAGGAGGGCUCGGUAACUCGCAGGGACAGGCUCUCAGUUCGACAUAUGGUAUUAAUUUCAAGCAACCGAUCCCGGAACUAAUGAAGCGCAGAAUGGAGCUUAUGAUCAAGGCCCAGAAGCGAAACAUCACACGCUUGCAACUAAUGCUACGGAAGGUGGAGACAGUGUUACCGAAGAAGGGUACAAUGUCACUGAGGGAGAAGACAGCGUUACUAAGGGAGGAGACAGCGUUACUGAGGGAGGAGAAGGCGUUACUGAAAGAGGGUACAGCGUUACUGAAGGAGGAGGCAGCGUUACUGAAGGGAGCGUUACUGAAGGAGGCAGCGUUACUGAAGGAGGAGACAAACAGGUAUAAAGGAACCGCUGUUUCUGCUUCGGUGUGCGCCUCUGAAGGCUCAUCACUUCCCCAUCAGGAGUCUUGA